UCGCCUGGUGGCCGCCGGCCCAAGACCGGCCGGACCGCGGAUAGGGGCCGAGGGCGGCGCCCGGGCGCCCGCUGCACGGGAGGCACGAUGAGCAUCGAGAUCCCGGCUGGGCUGACGGAGCUGCUGCAGGGCUUCACGGUGGAGGUGCUGCGGCACCAGCCCUCCGACCUGCUGGAGUUCGCGCUGCAGCACUUCACGCGCCUGCAGCAGGAGAACGAGCGCAAGGGCGCCGCGCGCUUCGGCCAUGAGGGCAGGACCUGGGGGGACGCGGACGCCGGGGGCGGCACCCCCAGCAAGGGGGUCAACUUCGCCGAGGAGCCUAUGCGCUCCGACUCGGAGAACGGCGAGGAAGAGGAGGAGGAGGAGGCCGCAGACGCAGGGGCGUUUAACGCUCCUGUAAUAAACAGAUUCACAAGGCGUGCCUCAGUGUGUGCAGAAGCAUACAACCCCGAUGAAGAAGAAGAUGAUGCAGAGUCCAGGAUUAUACAUCCAAAAACCGAUGAUCAAAGAAAUAGAUUGCAAGAAGCUUGCAAAGACAUCCUGCUGUUCAAGAACCUGGAUCCGGAGCAGAUGUCUCAAGUAUUAGAUGCCAUGUUUGAAAAAUUGGUUAAAGAAGGGGAACAUGUAAUAGAUCAAGGAGAUGAUGGUGACAACUUUUAUGUGAUCGAUAGAGGAACAUUUGAUAUUUAUGUAAAGUGUGACGGUGUUGGAAGAUGUGUUGGAAAUUACGACAAUCGUGGGAGUUUUGGCGAGCUGGCCUUAAUGUACAAUACACCCAGAGCAGCUACAAUCACUGCUACCUCUCCCGGUGCUCUGUGGGGUUUGGACAGGGUAACCUUCAGGAGAAUAAUUGUAAAAAACAAUGCCAAAAAGAGAAAAAUGUAUGAAAGCUUUAUUGAGUCAUUGCCAUUCCUUAAAUCUUUAGAGGUUUCUGAACGCCUGAAAGUAGUAGAUGUGAUAGGCACCAAAGUCUACAGUGAUGGAGAACAAAUCAUUGCUCAGGGAGAUUUGGCUGAUUCUUUUUUCAUUGUAGAAUCUGGAGAAGUGAAAAUUACUAUGAAAAGAAAGGGUAAAUCAGAAGUGGAUGAGAACGGUGCGGUAGAAAUCGCUCGAUGCUCUCGGGGACAGUACUUUGGAGAGCUUGCCCUGGUCACUAACAAGCCUCGUGCCGCUUCUGCGCACGCCAUCGGGACCGUCAAGUGCUUAGCCAUGGACGUGCAAGCAUUUGAAAGGCUUUUGGGACCUUGCAUGGAAAUUAUGAAAAGGAACAUUGCCACCUAUGAAGAACAAUUAGUUGCCCUGUUUGGAACAAACAUGGAUAUUGUUGAACCCACUGCAUGAAGCUAAAGUACCGAGCAAGAAGACCAUAGUGACAGAAUUACAGUAGUGGUUAGUCCACUGAGAACGUGUUUGUGUAGAUGCCAAGCAUUUUCUGUGAUUUCAGGUCUUUCCUUUUUUUACAUUUACAAUGUAUCAGUAAACAGUAGUGAUUUAAUAGUCAAUAAGCUUUAACAUCACUUUCUAAUGAGUAGUGAAUAAAAAAUCAGCAUAUUGAUAAAAUGACUUUCUACUCCACAAAAUUAUUUGAAAGUUUUAUUUAAAUGAUUGUAAUAUAUAGAAAGUGCCCAUGUUUAAGAAGAUAAUUAAAAGAUACUAUCUUAGGCAAUGUGUUUGACUUAUUCAGAUGGGUAUCAAAUUAGUGACCAUGCCCAUGUAAGAGGGAAUCAUGCUACACAGUGUGGCACCACAUUCUUUUUAUAACUCAUUAGACAAUAAAAUUUUAAUCAUUUUUAAUUUAAAGUUUUUCUGGCUUGAUUAAGUUGUGUGCUGGCCUUGGCCUAUUAGUGAAAUGGUAUGAAACAUCAUAUGCAAUUUUAAAACUUUUUAUAUUUUUUGCAAUAAAGUACAUUUUGACUUCUUUGGCAUAAUGUCAGUAACCAACAUAUUCCAGUGGUUUUAAGGACUGGCAAGUUAGCUAUUAUGAUGAUUGAGAGAAGAGUUUUUAAGGGUGAAAGAUCAUUAAUGCAUUUUUGUUCCUCAUCAAGUAUAUAUACUUUCCUUUUUCUUUGUGCAGCUUCCUAUAUUCUUUAUCUUUAAAAGUUUAAUUUUGACAUUUAAUGUCACAAAAUGUUUUUUAAAGGUAUUUAAACUUGUCAAACCUGAUUUUUAUUGUCUUCUAAAAGCCCAAGAGCUUACGCUUAAUCAAAGAAAAAGCCUCCUUUACCAAACAUAUGAGGGACCCUAUGUCUACCUAAUCUGCACAGAUCUGCCACUGUGGGUUUCUGGUCUUCCUCACAGAGACUGCCAACCCUCAGACCGAUCAGCAGCCAGGGAGGUUUAGCCCACCCCUACCCCCAAUUCCUCUAAGGUGGGAGGAAUAAAUUUGUAUAAGCAAAACCGUAUAGAACAAUAAAAGGAAUUUCUGUCUAGCAAAUAGGCCAGUAAGCCUUGCCAUCUGCUUUAACGCCGGCUCACACUUAAAAGUACAGAAAACUCAAACUUACUAGAUUUUCAUUGACCACUGAGAUGCUCAUAGAAGGUGCCAUAGAAGACAAAUUCAGUUAUAUUCAACCAAAACAAAUAUGCUGAUUCUUAGGCCAUGACCCAGUGUCUACAGAUGUUAAUUCCAACAAGUUGUUUGCUUUUAAAUGGGCAAUUUCAUUUUGGGAAAUGUGUUUCAAAAGCAUAUACAUGGGUACAGUUAUUUUGUGGCUACUGUAGUCUUAGAGAAUGUUUAUGGUCCUACUUGUGUAUGAAAACAUGGCUAGAAUGUUAGUUGGAUAAUGUAUAUAUAUAUAAGAAAUUAGAGUAUGUGAACUGUAACUUCAGCCACAUUUUAGAAAAUUGUUUAAUAUUUUUGCUAAAACCUUCUUGUAGGAUGUGGGAGCCUCUCUACAUGAAGAUGACUUACUAUUUUAGAUUUUAAAAGCCAUGUCGGUUAAGGAAAACAAAAAAAAAACCAGCCAAAUUUCUCAUUCCUCAUUCUGUAUUCUUUAUUCACUUUUUCAAGCUAAUCUCUUUUGUUGCAUAAUCUGAUUGUUAACUAGUCAUGGAACAGUAAAUAAAUGUUUAAUAAAGAACUCUGACCAAGGCUACAAAUGCCAGUUACGUUAUUUUCAGUAUUGUUGGUUAUAUUUAAAUUUUCCUUAUAAUAAAACACACUUUUAUAAUAAAAUA